AUGUUCUUGCACCUGCUUUGCUUGCUUGCUUGCUUGCUUGCUUGCCUGCUUGUUCGCGCUCCUCCAUUGAUAGCUAGCUGCCUGCCAUCCUGUACGUACGAACGAUGGAUGGGUUUGUGGAUAGAAAAUGGCGUUCUCCUGCGCAAGGGAUUGAUCAAUUACUUGGGGGGUAAUGCAUCCUCGAAGGCGUUGACAUGUCUUGGACCCGACUCUGACGAUUUCGCCUUCAUGACGAACGAGUUCAAGGUAGGACAACUAACUGGCUUUGAGGAAGCUGUAGAUCACGAAAAACAUAUCAGUCUCAAAAAGACCAGAAAAGUAUGUCACAGCAGCAGCAGCCCAUCACGACAGUGA